AUGAAGUUCACCACCGUCUUCGGCGUUGCCACCCUCUUCAUGGCCCCUUCCGCUGUGGCCUGGAAGCUUCCCAACGUCGACCGGACCGACUCCGCCAGUCGCACUGAGCAGGCCGCACCCUCCGGCGCUAUGCCUUCUAGUGCCAUGCCCUCUGGCCCUGUCCCCUCCGGCACCAUCCCCUCGGGAACUGUUCCUAGCAGCUUCCCAUCUGGCGGAUUCGGUGGCCAGGGUGGCUUCGGCGGCCAGGGCGGUUUCCCCUCUGGCUUCCCCUCUGACCACCACCAGGUCCAGGGAGGACACCACGGCGGCGUCCCCAGCGGUGUCCCCAGCGGUGUUCCCAGCGGCAUGCCUUCCGGUUUCCCCGAGGGUGCUCAUACCACCGGCUCUCCCAGUGGCUCCCAUGGUGACCAGCCCCAGCCCAGCGGCAGCUUCGGCGGUGAGGGUUCUCCCAGUGCCCUCCCAUCUGGUGCCCCGGCUCCUUCGGCUGCGGCUGGCCAGGGCGAGGGGUCUGGUGAGCAGGAUAACUUCCAGCGCCUCCACGCUCGCCAGAUGCGGCCUAUGUGGCUGUAG